AUGGAAAGUCUUCGUAACAUUUUGAACGAAAUAAAUCCGUAUGCGGAAGCAAACAAAAUGAUGAGAGAUUUUGAGCAGGAACAGAUUAACAGAGCCAGGGAGGAAGGGAGACCAGAACAAGAAGUUUACAUGUGGAUCCACCGAGAUAAGGCAAAUGAUCAAAGACAUUACAACGCUCCUGCAGCAAAUGAGACAGCAAUUGUAUUUCGAAGCGACGAUGGUGAACCCCCAUUUGAAAGAGAUAUUUGUGUCCACCCAAAGAAUGCACCAAUGCAAAAUAUAUCAAUCUUAAGUCAGCAUUGUGAUCCCAUGACUUACCCAAUUUUGUUUCCAUAUGGGGACAAAGGAUGGAUAAGUGGAACGAAAUUGGUAGGUGCUGUCAAUGCUGGAAAACUAUUCCAGCAGUACGUGGUGGAUGCGUAUUGCAAGAUAGAAGCUAAUCGAAUUCACUUCCAUAGAUCAAAUCAAGCUCAACUCAGGAGCAAUCUCUACUCUGGUUUAAUGGACCACGUAAAUAAUCUUACAGAGAACAAAGAUGUAAAGCCUGAUACUAUCUGUAUUUUGCCUUCAACAUUUCAAGGAAGCCCUAGAGCUCAUCAGCAGAACUUCCAAGACGCUAUGGCCAUCGUACGCAAGCACGGUGGACUUGAUGUAUUUAUGACUAUGACCAUGAAUCCAAAGUGUCAUGAAGUAAUGGAAAACUUGAAGCCUAGAGAAAGACCAGAGGAUAGACCUGAUCUGGUUGCACGUAGUUUCAGGGAGAAACUUACAGCACUACUGCAUGACUUAUUCGUGAAAAAAGUACUUUGAGUGGUGAUCGUUCAUGUUUAUCAAAAACGUAGCUUACCACAUUGCCACCUCCUGCUUUUUCUCAGAUCUGACGAUAAACCAAGAACUGUUGAAAUUAUUGACAAGAGGGUAUGUUGUGAAAUUCCAGAUACGGUCGAAAACCCAAGAUUGCAUGAAAUCGUCAAGGCGACUAUGGUUCAUGGCCCUUGUGGACACUUGAACAUGACAAGUCCAUGCAUGAAUGAGGAAAAAAUAUGUUCCAAACAAUAUCCGAAAGAUUUCAGUGAGGAAACCAAGCCGAACGUUGAUGGUUACCCAGUUUAUCGCAGGAGAAACGAUGGGAGAAAAAUUAAAGUUGGAAAGUUCACAGUGGAUAACCGCUGGAUCGUUCCAUAUAAUAGGUACCUAACCCUAAAGUGCAAUGCACAUAUUAAUUUAGAAAUUUGUGCAAGCAUUAAAAGUGUGAAAUACUUAUUCAAAUAUGUUUACAAAGGACAUGAUCGAGCUAAACUAAAAUUCGAUUCAAAGGAAACACAACAUCACUGGGACGAACCUUCAAGGUUCCUCGACAAUAGAUACAUAAGUGCACCUGCAGCUAUGUGGAGAAUACGAGAAAAUAAAAUGCACCAACAGUCACACACAGUAAUUCGACUUGCAGUAUAUCUGCCAAACCAACAAAGAGUAGUAUUUCAUGAAGGUAAAGAAGUUGAAACUCUUGAAAGAGAGGCGGUACGCAGAACCACAUUGACAGCGUGGUUUGAAUUGAAUCAAACAAAUGAGUCUGCACGGCAAUACCUGUACCAAGACAUACCAAGUCACUUUGUGUUCAAUACAAAAACAACUUCACGGACUCCAAGAAAGAGGGGCCACAACAAUGCAAUUAGUAGAAUGUACUCUGUCAGUCCUUCUGAUAUGGAGAGAUACUACUUAAGGCUGCUCCUUCUGCAUGUAAGAGGUGCCCAGAGCGUUGAUGAUGUAAAAAGUGUAGACGGAUUUGUUUACAAUACUUUCAAAGAAGCAGCCCAAGCGAGAGGCCUGUUAAGAGACGAUGUUGAAUGGGAAAGAUGUUUGACGGAAGCCGAACUCUUCCAUAUGCCAAGCAAGCUUAGAGAGCUGUUUAGUAUUAUAUGUGCAUUGUGUCAUCCAGCAGACCCAGCGACAUUAUGGGAGAAGCACAAAGAUGUAAUGACAGAAGACUUCAUGCGAAGUCAUCCUGCACCUGAAAGCGAACAGCUUGCUCUAAUUGAGAUUGAAAGUAUUCUCAAAAUUCAUAACAUAAGUUGUGCUGACAAAGGAUUACCUGUACCAACUAUGGUGUCGACACCUGAGAUUCCAAUCUUUGACAUUCAUGAAGAGGCCAGGUUAGGCGAAGAACUACUUGCCCAGUUAAACCCAGAACAACUUAAUGCAUACCAACAAAUUAUUACUGCUGUUGAAAACCCACAAUCACAUGAAAGAAACCUGACUAUGAAAAAAGGACUGUGCAAUGGAACACGUUUAAUUAUAACUAGAAUGCUUCAGCAUGUGCUUGAAGCAAAAAUUGUUACCAGAAAACAUGCAGGUGAAACUGUACUAAUUCCAAGAAUUGGCCUUGAUAUUAUGGACGACUGUGAAAUGCCAUUUGAUAUGCACAGACGACAGUUUUCAAUACGACUAGCGUAUGCGAUAACUAUCAACAAGUCACAAGGACAAACCCUCGAGGUUGCUGGAUUAUUACUUUUAGAACCAGUGUUUUCACAUGGUCAAUUGUAUGUUGCCUUCUCCAGAGGCAAAGGCUUUAACAAAGUAAAGGUAAAGAUUUUGAGCUCACAGACACAAGGCAAACUGCUUCUUGAUGCACACAAAUGUUUCACACAAAAUAUUGUAUAUCAUGAGAUUCUGGACACAGAACCUAUGGAGACGUACCUUACUGACAACUUAGCCAACAUUGAUUAG